AUGCCCAUGAUAUCUGAUGAAAUAUCUGUUGCGAGGGCUGGUUCCCGAACAAUGGCAGAAUUAGCUAAACGGAUCAAUAUACCCCUCACGUCAACGAGUCCGCCGGGUCUUAUUGAAGCAAACACUGUCGACCCUUGGAAGAAGGCCGGCAAAUAUGCUCUGGGCUGGACAUACUUUUGUAUUGUAUUGAUUAUUCUGGUAGCUGUGACCAGAGUAUAUCAUCUUUGGACCGAUAAGAUCAGACAAGCCAUGCAUAAGCAGGAGGUGGAAACAUAUAUGGAAUCAUACUCGCCCGACGCCGAGUAUGCCAUGAGGGACUUGCAGACAGGACACACUUCAGAUCAAUUAUUUCCUCGAAACGGAGAGAAGCCCAUGUCUUUGACCAGGGGACAAUCCCAUUGGUCGUCUAUCGGAGUCGUCAAUGAUACCCUGGCGUUAUUUAGAUGGAUUUUCUACCGGCCAGUUCCAGAAAUUCGCUGGCGAAAGAGGACUUUGCUUAGUUUUCCCUCAUUGGCAGUCCUUGCGAUUCUCACCAUUGCUGUGGCUUUUGUAUGUCUGUACUGCUUUUUGCCUCAGCCCCUCUACUGGCAGAGCAUCCAAUUCGGAUCCCCGCCACUUGCCAUUCGGAGCGGAAUGAUCGCGAUUGCAAUGACACCCUGGAUUGUCGCAACGAGUAUGAAGGCAAACCUCAUCUCCAUGAUUACUGGAAUUGGCCAUGAAAGACUCGGCGUCUUCCACCGAUGGGGUGGAUAUUUGUGCCUAUUUUUGUCCUUGGUUCACGCGGUACCAUUCUACAUCCAGCCAGUCUGGGAUGACGGUGGACUGGCCAUAUAUCAGAAGCUAUUUCCGUUCUCCAACGGUAGUGGCUAUAUAUAUGGGACAGGAAUUGCAUGUCUUGUGCCCCUGGGCUGGCUUUGUGUAGGUUCGUUGCCAUUCUUGAGAUCCUUGGCCUACGAAUUAUUUGUCAUGUUACAUACCCCAGUUGCGAUCGCAUACGUCGGUCUCCUGUUCUGGCAUUGUCAUAACUACCUAACCUCUUGGAGCUUCCUAUGGGCCACAGUCGCCAUCUGGGUGCUGUCCUAUGUUUUGAGAAUAUUCAACUUGAACUGGCUGAAGCCAUGGAGAAACGCUUGGUUGAUAGGAGAUGAAGCUGCAGUUACAUUGAUGGCAGAGAACGCCAUCAAAGUCACAAUUCCUACCCAGAUGAGCUGGAGACCCGGCCAAUAUGUCUAUCUGAGAAUGCCAGGCAUCUCGAUAUUCGAAAACCACCCCUUCACCAUCUCAUCACUUUGCAGUGAGGAUUUUCCCUCCGAGUAUGGAGAUCUGUACAGGGACUGUACCUUGGUCUUCCGGCCAUUUGGAGGAUUCACCCGCCGAGUGCUUGACACAGCAAUUGAAAAAGGUCCCUUCAAAACUUACCGAGCUUACCUUGAUGGGCCAUAUGGGGGGAUGCAACGUGAACUUGCGGCAUUCGAUACCGUGAUUCUUUUCGCGGGCGGUAGCGGUAUCACCGCAAUCGUCUCUCAAUUGUUAAACUUGAUCAAGAGAAUGAGAGACGGGAAAGCAGUAACAAAGAAGAUUGAGGUUGUCUGGGCCUUGAAGAGAUUAGAGGCGAUGGAUUGGUUCAGGGAAGAGCUUCGGAUUUGCAGAGAAUAUGCGCCUCCGGGAACUGUCACUUGCCAAUUCUAUGUGACCGCAGCAAAACGACAGACAAGAAUUGGAGCGAAUGAGAGAGCGCCUCGACCUAUCAGCACAAUGCUGCAUGAUAAGCUAGAUGGAUUUGUUUCUGGAAUCGCAUCAAAGAGGAAUUCGGCUUAUAUACGAGACGAGGCAGGGGGUGAUGAAGAUAGGGAACAGGAGCUGAGAUAUGAGAAUGAGGAUGCCAUCACCUCAUUACCACAACAAAAGCAUCUACAGCCAAGAGUCCUCCCACCACCACCACAAACUUCAUUUCCUCCGCCACCAAAGAAAGCACUAAGAGAAAACUCACUCAAGAAAUUAGAAGGACGUGAAAAUACCUCCACGCCCGAACCAGAUUCCCAUGAGACAACCCGACAGUUCCUCUCCCCAGCAUCCUCCACGGCAUCCAGAAAUCGAGAAUUUCACUUCCCACCACCCUCUCCACGACAGGACUCUCCACACUUCAACUUUGCGCCACCGUCACCACAUUCCUCCUACAACCCACAACACUAUCCACCCCCGCCACCAGGCCCACCACCUCAUCAAGCCUACCGACCCGCGAGCUAUGUCUCACAAGACUCGCGUCCAGCAUCGCAGGUACCCUCCGAGUUUCCCUUACCACCACACAGCGAAGAUUCCAAACCUCCGAUCCAUGAAGACUCGAAGUCACCAGUGGAACCCGAAUCCACCACUUCCACAGUCGCACCUCCCUACUUGUCCACCUUCCCUGUACCUCCAGAGCCAGUACACACCCGCGAGCCCUUCCGCAGCCGUGGCAAAUCCACCGACCUCUCCAUCAAAAUACCUUCGUCCGGGCCCCCGCCACAAGCCCAAACCUUCGAUUUCGGCUUCCCAUCCACCCCCACCGAGUUCCAGAAGAACCUGAUGCGUUUCGCAUUCGUGGGCGCCAAGAAGAAGGAAGGCUGGGGUACCGAGUAUGGACGUCCCGAUCUGGGAUACAUGUUGAAGGACAUGGCUACCGGUGGCGCUGAUGGGAAGGGCAUCUUUGGUCGCAGGACGUGUGUGUUUGUGUGUGGGCCGCCCAGUAUGCGGGUUGAUGUUGCGAAUACAGUUGCGAGGCUGCAGUCGGAUAUUUGGGGGGAUGAUAGUAAGGAUGAAAUAUUCUUACAUACGGAGAAUUAUGCUAUAUAA